GGCGGUCCAACAACGGGUGUAAAGCUUCUCCAAUGUUGUCAUUUUGAGAUUGCAGCGCGGUUGUAGACUAUUGUUGAUGUCAAAGACGCAUGUAGAACUAAGUAUCGCUGUCUUUUCAUUCUUUUAUUGGUCGUAUUAGAGACGGAUUUACAGAAUCUCUGGAAUCAUGAGUAAAGUGCAAGGUGUGAUGAAAUGCGUGAAAUAUCUCCUUUUUGUUUUCAACUUCAUAUUCUGGCUGUGUGGCUCGUUGGUGUUGGCAGUGGGGUUAUGGCUGAUGUUUGACCCAAAGACAGACCAGCUCCUGAAUGGAGAGGGAGCCCCCGAGACCUUCUUCAUAGCCGUGUACAUCCUGAUUGGUGCAGGCGGGGUCAUGAUGCUGGUGGGAUUCUUUGGUUGCUGUGGAGCUGUGAAGGAGUCACAGUGUCUUCUUGCGUCGUUCUUUGCCUGCCUUCUUGUAAUCUUUGGUGCAGAGGUUGCUGCAGGUGUGUUUGGAUUCAUGAGCAAAGACAAGAUCAUCGAAGACGUUCAACAAUUCUACAGUGAAUCUAUUUCAGAGAAUUCAGAAAAUUCCAACCGCACUGCUGUAGCUGAAAUGUACCACAAUGUUUUGAAUUGCUGUGGUGUCUCCAUACCUUCGCCUUUGUGUCCUGAUGCUGAUGAAGACACAAAGGACUGUCUGAAUGCAAUAAUGGGCUUUUUCAAUGAAAAGCUCUACAUUAUCGGAUAUGUGGGGAUUGGUGUAGCAGGAGUAAUGGUCAUUGGUAUGAUCUUCAGUAUGGUCCUCUGCUGUGCAAUUCGGAACAACAGGGAGGUGAUAUAGAAAGACCCAGUAUCUCUACCCCUCCCACCCUGCAGACCCACCAGCCCUUUGUAAUCGCCAUGCCUGAUGGAGGAGGUGACAUCACAUCUGGGCUGGAUGACAGAGGAGCCUUUCUUUUUUUUUUAAACACAAACAUACAAGUCCAUGGGGUCAAUUUGGUGGUGUGGGUGUGAUAUCACACCCAAAAUAUCACCAGGAUUUCCCCAUCCCCUAGACAGAGGCCUGCACUGUGUGGAGCCAGUGGGACCAGGCCAUCUCUCUUUCCUCUGGCAUCUCUGUUAACUAAAUAUCUGGUCCCUCUCGCGCUUCUCUCCAUGCACAUGGCUCAGGAUUUGGCAGUACACUGAGACAUUCCCCAUUUUUCGCACCCUCUUCUAACACUGCUACCAUUCCAUGUACGUGUAACGUCUCCCUUUUUUUGAUGAAAGAAUGUGAUGGCGGAGGAGCAUUGGUGUAAAUACAAACUCCUUUUUUUGUGUGCUUUUUUAACGUUAUUGAUUCAAUGUCUUUGGUAACCUCAACUUAAAAGGGCAAUCAGCAGUUGAAACAAAGUGUGUUACCAACCCGUUUUGGUAAAAAGCUGAGGGAUGGGGCUGUAACCACUCUCAAAUGAAUAGACAGAGCAAUGGAUGCAAGGACUGACCAUCCAUGAUAUAAAAAUUAGUUUUAACCAUAUCUUAAGGCCAUAUGUUUGUUUACAUUUACUAUCUUUACAAACAUUGGAGUAAAACAAGCAUAUCUGGGGGUUCUGGUGGGGUACAACAGUUAAACUAAGCCCAUGAGGCGCUAAUACGUUAUAUUCUUCAAGAAUCAAUGGGUAGAUAUUUAUAAGUCCAAGAAUGGAUGUAGCAAAUGCAGAUUUCCCAUUUUAAGGGUUAAUUGCAUGUACAGGGCUACUGUAGUCACCAAUCUGCUUGUUAAAGUUGUAUGUAGGUCAGUAACCUUAACUCCAGUCUUGGGAGUUUUACAUAACUGUUGUUGGGACUUGCACCUUUGCAGCAUACAUUUCAUUAGUCACUACAUGCCUACUUUGUACAGACAAGCCCAAGCGACCCACCCUCACGCAACUGCAUAUUUCACUUGAACAACCUGUGUGGUUUUUGCCCUCACUUACCUCCAUUAGCAAAGUGGUGCUCUGCUAGAAGUAUCGCCUGCAUCUUUAUGAGCUGGGAGUGUGGGCCUACAAUCCAAAAAGAGCCCGUUUCAACUUGACUGACAUUCUGAAUAACUACUGUCAUCAGUGUUCUGGGUCAGGGAAGCAGCUGCAUUUAUGAAGUACUGUCAUUCUGUAAAUGUCUAACCUUCUGAAGUCUAGAGGAUAAAUGUAUUUUGCAUUGUCCUGAGUGAUCUCUAUUAGAGCAUGCAAUGUGUGAACUGUUACAGUGAGUUCGUGUAUUUUGUGUGAAUUCUUGUUGGCGUUGUAGGCUAUUCACAGUAGGCUGUUGUAGAAUCCAGUUUAUGCUAAUAAUGUCAAACAAAAAAAAGAAACCAAUGAACGCUUUUAUCACCAUGUCCAUUUAGUAGCGGUUUAAUUGCCUGUAAAAUAAAACAGUAAUGGGAACAA